UGAAAUAGGGCGACACCCUCAGGUGAGACGUGGCCGUCUGCCGCGGUGCAUUGUGGCCGGACACGUCCCGCUCACACACACACACUCACUCUGCAAAAUGGCGACGUCCCUGGGCUCCAACACCUACAAUAGACAAAACUGGGAAGACGCGGAUUUUCCGAUUCUGUGUCAGACAUGUUUAGGAGAAAACCCUUACAUCCGUAUGACCAAGGAGAAGUAUGGGAAAGAAUGCAAGAUCUGUGCUCGACCCUUUACCGUGUUCCGAUGGUGUCCGGGGACACGGAUGCGUUUCAAGAAGACAGAGGUCUGUCAGACCUGCAGUAAAAUGAAAAAUGUUUGUCAGACCUGCCUGCUGGACCUGGAGUACGGUUUGCCUAUCCAGGUCAGAGACACCGGGCUGUCUGUUAAAGAUGAGGUUCCUAAGUCAGAUGUGAAUAAAGAGUACUACACACAGAACAUGGAGAGAGAGAUAGCCAACUCUGAUGGCACAAGGCCAGUAGGCCAGCUUGGUAAGGCGCCCAGCUCGAGUGAUAUGUUGCUGAAACUGGCGCGGACCACACCAUAUUACAAGAGGAACCGGCCGCACAUCUGCUCCUUCUGGGUGAAGGGAGAGUGUAAGAGAGGAGAGGAGUGUCCCUACAGGCACGAGAAGCCCACAGAUCCUGAUGACCCUCUAGCCGACCAAAACAUUAAGGACCGUUACUACGGCAUCAAUGACCCAGUGGCUGACAAGCUGCUGAAACGGGCCUCGACUAUGCCCAGACUGGACCCACCAGAGGACAAGUCCAUCAGCACCCUCUAUAUCGGGGGUUUGGGAGAUACUGUCACAGACGGAGAUCUAAAGAGUCACUUUUACCAGUUUGGUGAGAUUCGUACCAUUACCAUAGUCCAGAGGCAACAGUGUGCCUUCAUCCAGUUUGCUACGCGGCAGUCGGCUGAAUCGGCCGCUGAGAAGUCCUUCAACAAACUCAUCAUUAAUGGACGGAGGCUCACCGUCAAGUGGGGAAGGUCUCAGGCAGCGAGAGGGAAGGAGGGCAUCAAAGAUGGUGUCAGCGAGAUGGGCACCAGGCUUGAUCCUGUACCUGGACUGCCUGGAGCUCUUCCUCCACCACCAGCUUUAGACGAAGAGGCUCCUGCAAACUACUUCAACCUGGACCCGGGCACCUCUCCUGCAGUCAUGAACAUUGCUCUGCCCCCACCUCCAGGCAUCAACCCUCCUCCUCCAGGUUUUGGCCCUCCUAUGUUUCACCCCAUGGGUCACAUGGCUCCACCGAUGCCCCCUCCAAUGAGCAUGAGACCUCCUGGUCAAAUCCACUACCCCUCCCAGGAUCCUCAGCGCAUGGGUGCUCAUGCUGCACAUGGCUCCCGUCAUGGCGAUUAGCUGCUAGAGUUGUACUGUGAUGUGUGAUUCUUUUUUUUCUUACGUCAAACCUGGUCGGGUGCUUUCAGCUCAGAAUGCCGUCAGUGGGCCUGAAACCUUUCAGUCUACUCCUGUGAGAAACUCACUGCAUGGAGAAGUAAUUUGUUACAGGAUAACAUCUGAUUUAUUGUGCUACCUGCAGUGCAGCGAAUGAACUGAACGAGGACCAUCUGCGUCUGGAGAGACGACAGCCAGCACGUUACAAGAUUAAUUUGUCACUACUCGCAGUUAAAAAAGCACCAGAAGAGUAUCUGAACAGUGGAAGUUAACAUAGUGAAAGACAUGAGAUAAACAGCCGGUGUGAUAGGGGCCAUAUGGUUUUUACAGGCUCCUGUGGUUGGAGCCAUUGUACAUACAAAAAUGUAUACUGUAGGUUAAACAUCCUGCAAAGCAUCACAUGGAGUAUGCAGCAUUUUUAAACAUGUUAAGUUUAAUUUACAUUGUCUUUUUCUUCUUCUUCUUCUUCGACACAACCUUAAUAUUCCACAGCAUAAUGACUUGGUUUAUUGUACUGCUUACUUUGGAUGUUGUUUUUACUCGUCAUUAAAAUGACACAACUUUGUCAUUAA